AUGCACCAUGCUCGCUGUCAUCCUUUUCGCGCCUGUCUCAUACCCACCAUCGCCCCCCGCCCGCCGAUACCUGCGCGCGCAUUCACUGUGCUCGCGCUCGAGUCCUCGGCAGACGAUACCUGUGCGGCCGUCGUGACAUCGGAGCGGAGAAUCCUGUCCAAUGUUGUGCGGAACCAGGCCUCAUUAUUGGAGACCCAUGGCGGUAUCCAUCCCCUUUACGCCAUCCACGCCCACCAACAUCAAAUGCCAGGGGUCAUCCAGCAAGCUCUGAGCGAGGCUAGACUCACAAUCCACGAUGUCGACGGGAUCGCCUUCACUCGCGGGCCGGGCAUGGUAGGCUGUUUGAGUGUAUGCGCGACUUCCGCUCGUGCUCUCGCUGCAGUGAUGAACAAGCCUCUGGUCGGGGUCCAUCACAUGCAAGCCCACGCCCUCACGCCUUUCCUCACCGCCCCUGACGGCGAAGCACCCGAAUUCCCGUUCCUUACGCUGCUCGUCUCCGGUGGGCACACGAUGCUACUGCUCGCAACAUCUCCCACGCAGUUCCGCAUUCUCGUCAACACCACAGACAUCGCCAUAGGCAACGCCUUUGACAAGGCCGCCAGGGCCCUCCAGAUCCCCCUCGACGGCGCAGCUCCCGGUGCCGCUCUCGAACGCUUCUGCGCGCAACCAGAUACCCCGGGUGAAGUGCUCCCCAAAGUAGAGAUGCCGCGCCCGACGUGGGGCUUGAUGAGGUUCUCCUACGCAGGCUUCGCGUCAGCCAUCGCCAGGGUCUUGGAGGAGUACGGCGGAAUUGAUGGGAUGAGCCAUACGGUGCGCCGAGCGGUCGCGCGGAGCUUCCAGCGUGCGACGGUUGCGCACCUCGAGGAGAAGAUCUCCCGUGCAUUAGCGCUGUGCUCCGAGAUUGGCGUGACACCACGGUGUAUGGUCGUCAGCGGGGGAGUUGCGAGCAAUUCGUUUCUCAGAGCUAGGAUGCGCGUGUGUCUAGACGCGGCGAGUCCCGGGGAGGCCCUUCCGAUGUAUUUCCCACCCCCAUCGUUGUGUACUGACAACGCGGCCAUGAUUGGGUGGGCGUCGAUGAGCAGGUUUUUGGCCGGUGACACGGACCCUUACUCGAUAGGGCACAAGAAGGACUGGAGUCUGGAGGAUCUUGGGCGGGAAACUGGGGGCUCGGGGCUCGAGCUCAGCAGCGACUCGGCGACCUCGCCAGCUCAAUAA